CCGGACGAAGCGUUUCCUUUGGCCAAAGAGCUGGAAGAGACGGACAUCUCGCUCUACGAAAAGAAGUGUGCACUCAUCAAUCAUGAGAUUGAUCUCAUGGGUAUGGGGCGCUACCAGUGGUCGAUUUGGGCUUUGUGUGGCUUUGGCUACAUGAUUGAUCUGAUGUGGGCACAGGCGUUUGGUCUUGUUCUGUCUCCAAUGCAACAGGAACUUGGAUUCGGAGCUGACGAGACGGGCAAACUAUCGACUGCCUUUUCCAUUGGGCUUACGGGUGGCGCCUUGGUAUGGGGUAUUCUGGUGGAUGUCAUCGGGCGCAAGUUCUCCUUCAACCUGACAGUCUUCCUCGCUUGUAUAUUUGGGACUUGCAUCGGCACCCCCAGCACAUACAAUGCUAUCCUGGUUCUCACCGCUCUUACGGGCUUCGGUAUCGGAGGCAACAUCCCUAUCGACACAACCAUAACGCUUGAAGCUACUCCUCAGAACAAGCGUUACCUUCUCCCGUUACUGUCCAUGUUUCAGCCAAUAGGCGUGGUAAUCUGCUCAGUUCUCGCCUACGGAUAUAUUCCAAAUUGGUCUUGCAGUCCAAACUUCUCCGAAGGAGACCGGGCACUACCUGCUUGUACUGCCAUCGCCCAGGGAGAACAAUGUUGCUCAAAAGAAGAUAACAUGGGAUGGCGAUACCUACUAUUCACACUUGGGGGAAUCACGAUACUGGUAUUUGUUUUGCGCUCAGUCCUCUUCGACUUCCAGGAAUCACCCAAGUUCCUCAUAUAUCGAGGCAAAGAUGCCGAGGCCAUUAGCGUUCUGCACAGCAUUGCUCAAUACAACAAGACUAUGUGUACUCUUGUGUUGGAAGAUCUUGAGGCUUUGGAACGGGAAUUCGACUCUGCUCAGGGCGUUGGGCCUAUGCUAGGAGGCGGUGACAAGCAGCUGAAAUCUACGUGGGUUGAGAAGCUCAAGUUGGAAGGCGACCGCUUCAGGAUCUUGUUCUCAAGUGUCCAAAUGACACGAUUGACACUGCUAGUCUGGAUGACAUAUAUUUUCGACUACUGGGGCUUUACUGUCGCCGGAACCUACCUUCCACAGAUUCUGGCCAUGAAAAAUGGCGCCCUAGACCUCUCCCUUCGCUACACGUACCGAUCCUACAUACUUAUAUACCUUCCUGGAGUGUUCGGGGUAGUACUGGGAACCCUAUCGUACCGCGCAUCGCGAGUAGGUCGCAAGUGGACCAUGGUUGUCUCCUCGGCCCUCAUGGGCAUAUCCAUCUUCCUCUUCAGCAGUGUCAACUCGGCGGCAUCUAACAUAGGCUUCAACGCCAUGGAAUACUUCUUCCAGUCCAUGUUCAAUUCCGUGCUGUACGGGUGGACACCCGAGGCGUUCCCGGCACCCAUCCGAGGUACUGCGUGUGGACUUGCGAGCUUCUGGGGGCGACUCUUUGGCAUCGUGAGCCCCCUUAUUGCGCAGCACUUGUAUGCUGGUGGAGAAGCUGGGAGGGAUAUCAACAGCGUUCUGUACCUGGCUGGUGGCGUGACACUGGGCUGUGUCAUUACCACCGCGCUGCUCCCCAGCAAGCUUGUAGGCAAACAAAGCUUGUAG